CCACGACACUUGUCAACAGCCAACACGUGUAUUCCACACCAUCCUCAAAGAUCACCCAUUUUCUAUUUCAACGAGAUUUUGGGGAGGGUUUUAGAGAGAGAAACAGAGGGUUUUAGAGAGAGAGAGAGUGCGUGGAGAUAUGAAGAUACAGUGUAACGUGUGCGAGACGGCGGAGGCGAACGUGCUCUGCUGCGCCGACGAGGCGGCGCUCUGCUGGGCCUGCGACGAGAAGGUCCACGCCGCCAACAAGCUCGCCAGCAAGCACCAGAGGGUUCCUCUCUCCGCUUCCCACAUGCCCAAGUGCGAUAUCUGCCAGGAGGCGGUUGGGUAUUUUUUCUGUUUGGAGGAUAGAGCUCUGCUGUGUAGGAACUGUGAUGUUGCUGUACAUACUGCGAAUAGUUUUGUUUCCGGUCACCGGAGGUUUUUGCUGACCGGAAUUAAAGUUGGGCCGGAGUCCAGUCCACCUGGGUCUGGUGGUGGUGUUGCUGGGUCGUCUUCUUCUGUCAAAUCGGACUCUGGGGCUGCGUCGAAAUGUGAAGCAAACAUUCAGUUGGCGGAGGAAUGCAAAGUGGCGCCGUCAAGUGUUGCUGGGAUGUCUUUUGCUGGUGGUUCUGCAACUGGGUCUGUUCCACAGUGGCCUAUAGAUGAGUUUCUGGGAUUCACUGAUUUCGAUCAGAGCUUUGGGUACAUGGAUAAUGGAUCGUCUAAGGCUGACUGCGGUAAACUUGGGGCUUCGGAUUCAUCAAUUUUAAGAUCAUCUGAGGAGGAGCAAGAGGAAUACGAGUGCAUAGGUCAGGUGCCAGAGAUCUCUUGGAUGGUGCCAAAGGUACCUUCCCCGCCUACAUCCUCAGGGCUAUACUGGCCUAAAACUUAUCAGAACCCAUCGGAUUCUGCAAUGUUUGUUCCAGACGUUUGCUAUUCAGAGAUGGAAAAUCCUCUUCACUGUCAACAGAAUGGUACUGUCUCAAAACGUCGUAGGCAAUUCUAAUCCCAGAUCCAAAAGUUUCUGUAUGUUUUGGUUUGUGCUUAUAAGAGCAUUUUGUGUACUUCUCCGUCUUCUAGAAUAGAAAAGUGGUUUCAGCAUUCUAAUGUGAAAGUAGACUGUCUUACUUACCACUGUCCAUGUAGUGUUUGUAACUCUGUAAACGUCAAUGCAAUGCGUAAAAUAAGAUAAGUGAGUUGUAUUUGUCAAUGCA